AUGGGUCCUGACACGAUAAUGCACGAGAUAGUGCCUGGCUCGUGGAGAGCGCAGACAGGUCACGUCCCAUAGCGUCCCAAGCUGGCCGUGAAUCAGCUAUAUCCUUUUUCCUAUUUUCUGCAUCGGGCAGGGAAAUUUUUGGUUCAAGAGCCCAAGUUUGAGUAACUUCCAAGACACCCAUUCAAAAAAAAAAACCUUCCAGGACGCCACGAAGCGUUCCUCUUGACGACGUCGAGAAAAGCACACAAUCGACGGAUAAACACGUCUUCUUGGAUGCAAAAAGUCUUCUUUCUCUUCUUCCUCGGCUUCUCGGCCUUCCUGAACAACACCGAAGCAAAGAAGCAUUGGAAAUGCGAGCUGCACGAUUCGAGUGAGGAAGAAUCCGGGACGACAGGCCCGCCGAAGACCAGCGUACUCGACUUUCAUAUUCCUGGAAGUGAGCUUUGAAAAAAUAAAUCAGCGAGAAAGCGCAAAAAAAGUUUGCGUCGACCGGAUUCGAACCAUUGAUGUCAAAUUUGUGAAUUCAGUUCUCUAACGCCUGAGCUGAAUUUCCCAGAGACCCCAAAGAGCCUUAUCUUUGUCAGAGACCAGUAAACAGGUCAUUAUAGUGUGUUCAAAACUUAAAAACACUCUGAAGGUUCGGAAAUGGAUUUUUCAAAGUUGGUAACUGCGUCAUCUUUUAUAUUUGAAGAUAGGAAUAUUCAAAGUUUGCGGAGUUUUUUUGACGACUCCACGCUCAUUUUUUUUUCCGUACAGUGAAGUGUGUCGUGUGCAUGCACUGCGCCGCUCUCGCACACACCGUGUUCAAAGUAAUUUUCGCGAAGUUCAAAAUCAUUUUUGAAUCUCCGAAAUUCAGUUUUAUUUUUCAUUCCCUGGCGGUUAUUUAGAUUUUCGCGGAACUAUAAGUCUGCGUAGGUCCCGAUUUUGACAAGUCGUAAUCUAGUCCUGAAAAGAACUGUUAAUCAAAUUUCAAGCAGCUUCCAAACUUUUUACCAUCAUGACUUGUUUAUUAAGAAAUCAGAUCCUCAUGUCUUUUUUUUCAGGCCAUUGCAAUGGGACGCACAACCACACGACGACAAGUAAGAGAUUAAUCUUGGAAAACUAUGAAAAAAAUCAAAUGAUUAUUUUCAGUUGCCCCGCCCACUACCAAAGUCUCGCCGAACACCCAGGUGCCCGUAAACAAGUUGUGCCGCUCUAGAGAUGACCAACCAGAUUCGGGCAAUGCGAAUGAUGCGAAUCUGCCCUACUGCGAUGAAGAAAUUACCGGUUAGUUUGUUGAUUUUCCGUUUACCCUCACGCAUAAAUAUCCUGAAAAUCCAUAGAAAACUCUAAAAACCAUUCUAAAUGCGACCAAGGCGUCAAUAAAUUUUGAAGAAAAAUCCAUUUUUGAAAAAUUUGAGUUCUCUUCACACUCUUCUUAUCACUCAGAUUCUUCAUUUAUAUGUCGGUGAGAGAUAUGAGGGCGCAGACAGGUCAGACGGUUUCCAAGUCGUACCGGAUUUGCUAUUACCUUAUGAAAACUAAAUAAGUAGGGUUCUCGGAAUUUUCACAAGAUUUUCUCGACCGAAGCUUUUACUAUACAUGCUCUUAUUCAUUCGGGAAGAAUUUUAAUAAACUCAACUUUUGAGCAUUAUUUGGUCAGAGCUCGUCGAGAAAUAAAAAUUAAAAAAAUAAACUUUCCUUUCGGACAUAAAUAAGGCGAAACGGACGUGCUCCGGGUAUUUCUGGGCAUCUCUAGAUCUAUAGUGACCAAUUUAGCAGCGUCAGCACUCUUAAGUGAUUCCUAGGAACGUCCAGAGCACGUCCAAUGCGCCUCUUCAAACAUAUGUGAACAAUAAAAAUUUUUUAUCAAAACAGGUUUUGCAGAAAAUGUCCCCGUUGGACGAACGCUCCGCGUCAAGGAGUGCCGUCGUGGCGACAUCGUUACUCGGAAGCAAGUUCCCGAUAGCGAGUGGCUAGCCCACCAGAAGCCCCGGAAUGAAACCGAAACUUCUACUCCUAGAAACCCUCGAAUUGCCUACGUCAAAGCCGAGGAGCCGGAAUUUUUCGAUAUUGACAAGGAACCUGACAACAAUCUGCAGAUAAAUCCUGGAUUUGAGCGGAGUAACGACACGAAUGUUCCAGCUCCGAUCAGAGCGAAAAGUAUGCCGUCGAAACUCCCGCCGAACAACAAGAACCUGAAACCCGUUGAGAAGUUGAAGACAAAUGAGGUUGCCGACUUCGAGCUCGAAGAAAGCGAUGCUCCACCUGACAAUAAAGCAGUUCAAGAGGAAAUUUGCGAAUACAUUGAAAUUCCUGUCGAAGAACCGACGACGACCCCUGCUGUGGCGACUACUAACGGCAUCAUCUUCGUUGAUAACGAGCCUCCGCCUCCAGAGUGCGAGAUUUGCUUCUUGAUUACAUUGAAGAACGACGCUCCGAAAGACCUGCUUGAAAACCAAGUUGAAUGUCCUCUGCCAGGAGAACCGUCAUCAACCGUGAGACCUACUGGAAGGUGCUUCCGACAUAUACAGUUCCCCGAUGGACGCAUAGUAACAAAGAAAAUGUCCUGCAAGAUAUGCAGAAAACGACAAAAAGUUACACCUCCUUCUUCAACAACGACAACGUCCAGCUCAAAUCCAAGAGACUGUUUUGAACUAGUAACUUUGGCAGAUGGAACUCAGAGAGAAGAGAGGCUCCUUGUACAACAACAACUCCUGGAUUCGAAACAACUGAAACAUCAACGACUCCUCAGUUCUCAACAAAUCCUACUACUUCAAGAAGACAAGGCUGUUUUGAAAUAGUGACCCUGGCAGAAGGGACUCAAGAAGAAAGAGAAGUUCCUUGUAAAACUACAAUUCCUGGAUUCGAAACAACGGAAACAUCAACAACGAUCGAAACUCCCACCAAUGAACUUACCACCACCCCGCAGCGUUGCUAUGAAGCCGUGACCUGGCCGGACAACUCUGACGGACAAAGAGAGAUUCCUUGUCCCACAACAACUCCUGAGCCUCCGACUACCACCACCCCGCAGCGUUGCUAUGAAGCCGUGACCUGGCCGGACAACUCUGACGGACAAAGAGAGAUUCCUUGUCCCACAACAACUCCUGAGCCUCCAACUACCACCACCCCAGCUCACGAACCAUCAGUCAUUCCUGGCUUCGACUCAAAUUCGACAACUUCAAGAAGACAGACGUGCGUUGAAAUCGUCACAUUGGCUGAUGGAACUCAGGAAGAAAGAGAAGCUCCUUGUACAACUACAACUCCUGGAUUUGAGCCAACUCAAACAUCAACGGCUCCUCAGUUCGAAACGAACCCAACUACUUCAAAACGGCAGAUGUGUGUGGAAAUCGUCACAUUGGCUGAUGGAACUCAGGAGGAAAGAGAAGCUCCGUGUACAACUACGACUCCUGGUUUCGAGCCUACUCAAACAUCAACGGCUCCUCAGUUUGAAACGAACCCAACUACUUCGAGACGGCAGAUGUGUGUUGAGAUCGUCACACUGGCUGAUGGAACUCAGGAAGAAAGAGAAGCUCCUUGUACAACUACAACUCCUGGAUUUGAGCCAACUCAAACAUCAACGGCUCCUCAGUUCGAAACGAACCCAACUACUUCAAAACGGCAGAUGUGUGUAGAAAUCGUCACAUUGGCUGAUGGAACUCAGGAGGAAAGAGAAGCUCCGUGUACAACUACGACUCCUGGUUUCGAGCCUACUCAAACAUCAACGGCUCCUCAGUUCGAAACGAACCCAACUACUUCGAGACGGCAGAUGUGUGUUGAGAUCGUCACACUGGCUGAUGGAACUCAGGAAGAAAGAGAAGCUCCUUGUACAACUACAACUCCUGGAUUUGAGCCAACUCAAACAUCAACGGCUCCUCAGUUCGAAACGAACCCAACUACUUCAAAACGGCAGAUGUGUGUGGAAAUCGUCACAUUGGCUGAUGGAACUCAGGAGGAAAGAGAAGCUCCUUGUACAACUACGACUCCUGGUUUCGAGCCUACUCAAACAUCAACGGCUCCUCAGUUCGAAACGAACCCAACUCCUUCGAGACGGCAGAUGUGUGUGGAGAUCGUCACAUUGGCUGAUGGAACUCAGGAAGAAAGAGAAGUUCCUUGUAAAACUACAAUUCCUGGAUUCGAAACAACGGAAACAUCAACAACGAUCGAAACUCCCACCAAUGAACUUACCACCACCCCGCAGCGUUGCUAUGAAGCCGUGACCUGGCCGGACAACUCUGACGGACAAAGAGAGAUUCCUUGUCCCACAACAACUCCUGAGCCUCCAACUACCACCACCCCACAGCGUUGCUAUGAAGCCGUGACCUGGCCGGACAACUCUGACGGACAAAGAGAGAUUCCUUGUCCCACAACAACUCCUGAGCCUCCAACUACCACCACCCCAGCUCACGAACCAUCAGUCAUUCCUGGCUUCGACUCAAAUUCGACAACUUCAAGAAGACAGACGUGCGUUGAAAUCGUCACAUUGGCUGAUGGAACUCAGGAAGAAAGAGAAGCUCUUUGUACAACUACAACUCCUGGAUUUGAGCCAACUCAAACAUCAACGGCUCCUCAGUUCGAAACGAACCCAACUACUUCAAAACGGCAGAUGUGUGUGGAAAUCGUCACAUUGGCUGAUGGAACUCAGGAGGAAAGAGAAGCUCCGUGUACAACUACGACUCCUGGUUUCGAGCCUACUCAAACAUCAACGGCUCCUCAGUUUGAAACGAACCCAACUACUUCGAGACGGCAGAUGUGUGUUGAGAUCGUCACACUGGCUGAUGGAACUCAGGAAGAAAGAGAAGCUCCUUGUACAACUACAACUCCUGGAUUUGAGCCAACUCAAACAUCAACGGCUCCUCAGUUCGAAACGAACCCAACUACUUCAAAACGGCAGAUGUGUGUGGAAAUCGUCACAUUGGCUGAUGGAACUCAGGAGGAAAGAGAAGCUCCGUGUACAACUACGACUCCUGGUUUCGAGCCUACUCAAACAUCAACGGCUCCUCAGUUCGAAACGAACCCAACUACUUCGAGACGGCAGAUGUGUGUGGAGAUUGUCACAUUGGCUGAUGGAACUCAGGAAGAAAGAGAAGCUCCUUGUACAACUACAACUCCUGGAUUUGAGCCAACUCAAACAUCAAUGGCUCCUCAGUUCGAAACAAACCCAACUACUUCGAGACGGCAGAUGUGUGUGGAGAUUGUCACAUUGGCUGAUGGAACUCAGGAGGAAAGAGAAGCUCCGUGUACAACUACGACUCCUGGUUUCGAGCCUACUCAAACAUCAACGGCUCCUCAGUUCGAAACGAACCCAACUACUUCGAGACGGCAGAUGUGUGUUGAGAUCGUCACACUGGCUGAUGGAACUCAGGAAGAAAGAGAAGCUCCUUGUACAACUACAACUCCUGGAUUUGAGCCAACUCAAACAUCAAUGGCUCCUCAGUUCGAAACAAACCCAACUACUUCGAGACGGCAGAUGUGUGUGGAGAUUGUCACAUUGGCUGAUGGAACUCAGGAGGAAAGAGAAGCUCCUUGUACAACUACAACUCCUGGAUUUGAGCCAACUCAAACAUCAACGGCUCCUCAGUUCGAAACGAACCCAACUACUUCGAGACGGCAGAUGUGUGUGGAGAUUGUCACAUUGGCUGAUGGAACUCAGGAAGAAAGAGAAGCUCCUUGUACAACUACAACUCCUGGUUUCGAGCCUACUCAAACAUCAACGGCUCCUCAGUUCGAAACGAACCCAACUACUUCGAGACGGCAGAUGUGUGUGGAGAUUGUCACAUUGGCUGAUGGAACUCAGGAGGAAAGAGAAGCUCCUUGUACAACUACAACUCCUGGAUUUGAGCCAACUCAAACAUCAACGGCUCCUCAGUUCGAAACGAACCCAACUACUUCGAGACGGCAGAUGUGUGUGGAGAUUGUCACAUUGGCUGAUGGAACUCAGGAAGAAAGAGAAGCUCCUUGUACAACUACAACUCCUGGAUUUGAGCCAACUCAAACAUCAAUGGCUCCUCAGUUCGAAACAAACCCAACUACUUCGAGACGGCAGAUGUGUGUGGAGAUUGUCACAUUGGCUGAUGGAACUCAGGAGGAAAGAGAAGCUCCGUGUACAACUACGACUCCUGGUUUCGAGCCUACUCAAACAUCAACGGCUCCUCAGUUCGAAACGAACCCAACUACUUCGAGACGGCAGAUGUGUGUGGAGAUUGUCACAUUGGCUGAUGGAACUCAGGAAGAAAGAGAAGCUCCUUGUACAACUACAACUCCUGGAUUUGAGCCAACUCAAACAUCAAUGGCUCCUCAGUUCGAAACAAACCCAACUACUUCGAGACGGCAGAUGUGUGUGGAGAUUGUCACAUUGGCUGAUGGAACUCAGGAGGAAAGAGAAGCUCCGUGUACAACUACGACUCCUGGUUUCGAGCCUACUCAAACAUCAACGGCUCCUCAGUUCGAAACGAACCCAACUACUUCGAGACGGCAGAUGUGUGUUGAGAUCGUCACACUGGCUGAUGGAACUCAGGAAGAAAGAGAAGCUCCUUGUACAACUACAACUCCUGGAUUUGAGCCAACUCAAACAUCAAUGGCUCCUCAGUUCGAAACAAACCCAACUACUUCGAGACGGCAGAUGUGUGUGGAGAUUGUCACAUUGGCUGAUGGAACUCAGGAGGAAAGAGAAGCUCCUUGUACAACUACAACUCCUGGAUUUGAGCCAACUCAAACAUCAACGGCUCCUCAGUUCGAAACGAACCCAACUACUUCGAGACGGCAGAUGUGUGUGGAGAUUGUCACAUUGGCUGAUGGAACUCAGGAGGAAAGAGAAGCUCCGUGUACAACUACGACUCCUGGUUUCGAGCCUACUCAAACAUCAACGGCUCCUCAGUUCGAAACGAACCCAACUACUUCGAGACGGCAGAUGUGUGUGGAGAUUGUCACAUUGGCUGAUGGAACUCAGGAGGAAAGAGAAGCUCCUUGUACAACUACAACUCCUGGAUUUGAGCCAACUCAAACAUCAACGGCUCCUCAGUUCGAAACGAACCCAACUACUUCGAGACGGCAGAUGUGUGUGGAGAUUGUCACAUUGGCUGAUGGAACUCAGGAAGAAAGAGAAGCUCCUUGUACAACUACAACUCCUGGAUUUGAGCCAACUCAAACAUCAAUGGCUCCUCAGUUCGAAACAAACCCAACUACUUCGAGACGGCAGAUGUGUGUGGAGAUUGUCACAUUGGCUGAUGGAACUCAGGAGGAAAGAGAAGCUCCGUGUACAACUACGACUCCUGGUUUCGAGCCUACUCAAACAUCAACGGCUCCUCAGUUCGAAACGAACCCAACUACUUCGAGACGGCAGAUGUGUGUGGAGAUUGUCACAUUGGCUGAUGGAACUCAGGAGGAAAGAGAAGCUCCUUGUACAACUACAACUCCUGGAUUUGAGCCAACUCAAACAUCAAUGGCUCCUCAGUUCGAAACAAACCCAACUACUUCGAGACGGCAGAUGUGUGUGGAGAUUGUCACAUUGGCUGAUGGAACUCAGGAGGAAAGAGAAGCUCCGUGUACAACUACGACUCCUGGUUUCGAGCCUACUCAAACAUCAACGGCUCCUCAGUUCGAAACGAACCCAACUACUUCGAGACGGCAGAUGUGUGUUGAGAUCGUCACACUGGCUGAUGGAACUCAGGAAGAAAGAGAAGCUCCUUGUACAACUACAACUCCUGGAUUUGAGCCAACUCAAACAUCAACGGCUCCUCAGUUCGAAACGAACCCAACUACUUCGAGACGGCAGAUGUGUGUGGAGAUUGUCACAUUGGCUGAUGGAACUCAGGAGGAAAGAGAAGCUCCGUGUACAACUACGACUCCUGGUUUCGAGCCUACUCAAACAUCAACGGCUCCUCAGUUCGAAACGAACCCAACUACUUCGAGACGGCAGAUGUGUGUGGAGAUUGUCACAUUGGCUGAUGGAACUCAGGAGGAAAGAGAAGCUCCGUGUACAACUACGACUCCUGGUUUCGAGCCUACUCAAACAUCAACGGCUCCUCAGUUCGAAACGAACCCAACUACUUCGAGACGGCAGAUGUGUGUGGAGAUUGUCACAUUGGCUGAUGGAACUCAGGAGGAAAGAGAAGCUCCUUGUACAACUACAACUCCUGGAUUUGAGCCAACUCAAACAUCAAUGGCUCCUCAGUUCGAAACAAACCCAACUACUUCGAGACGGCAGAUGUGUGUGGAGAUUGUCACAUUGGCUGAUGGAACUCAGGAAGAAAGAGAAGCUCCUUGUACAACUACAACUCCUGGAUUUGAGCCAACUCAAACAUCAACGGCUCCUCAGUUUGAAACUAACCCAACUACUUCGAGACGGCAGAUGUGUGUUGAGAUCGUCACACUGGCUGAUGGAACUCAGGAAGAAAGAGAAGCUCCUUGUACAACUACAACUCCUGGAUUUGAGCCAACUCAAACAUCAAUGGCUCCUCAGUUCGAAACAAACCCAACUACUUCGAGACGGCAGAUGUGUGUGGAGAUCGUCACACUGGCUGAUGGAACUCAGGAAGAAAGAGAAGCUCCUUGUACAACUACGACUCCUGGUUCCGAGCCUACUCAAACAUCAACGGCUCCUCAGUUCGAAACGAACCCAACUACUUCGAGACGGCAGAUGUGUGUGGAGAUUGUCACAUUGGCUGAUGGAACUCAGGAGGAAAGAGAAGCUCCUUGUACAACUACGACUCCUGGUUCCGAGCCUACUCAAACAUCAACGGCUCCUCAGUUCGAAACGAACCCAACUACUUCGAGACGGCAGAUGUGUGUGGAGAUUGUCACAUUGGCUGAUGGAACUCAAGAUGAGAGAGAAGCUCCUUGUACAACUACGACUCCUGGUUUCGAGCCUGCUCAAACAUCAACGGCUCCUCAGUUUGAAAUGAACCCAACUACUUCGAGAAGACAGACCUGUGUAGAAAUCGUGACUCUGGCUGAUGGAACUCAGGAAGAAAGAGAAGCUCCUUGUACAACAACAACUCCUGGAUUUGAGCCAACUCGAACGACAACGGCUCCUCAGUUCGAAACGAACCCAACUACUUCGAGACGGCAGAUGUGUGUGGAGAUUGUCACAUUGGCUGAUGGAACUCAGGAGGAAAGAGAAGCUCCUUGUACAACUACGACUCCUGGUUUCGAGCCUACUCAAACAUCAACGGCUCCUCAGUUCGAAACGAACCCAACUACUUCGAGACGGCAGAUGUGUGUGGAGAUUGUCACAUUGGCUGAUGGAACUCAGGAGGAAAGAGAAGCUCCUUGUACAACUACGACUCCUGGUUUCGAGCCUACUCAAACAUCAACGGCUCCUCAGUUCGAAACGAACCCAACUACUUCGAGACGGCAGAUGUGUGUGGAGAUUGUCACAUUGGCUGAUGGAACUCAGGAGGAAAGAGAAGCUCCUUGUACAACUACGACUCCUGGUUUCGAGCCUACUCAAACAUCAACGGCUCCUCAGUUCGAAACGAACCCAACUACUUCGAGACGGCAGAUGUGUGUGGAGAUUGUCACAUUGGCUGAUGGAACUCAGGAUGAAAGAGAAGCUCCUUGUACAACUACGACUCCUGGUUUCGAGCCUGCUCAAACAUCAACGGCUCCUCAGUUCGAAACGAACCCAACUACUUCGAGACGGCAGAUGUGUGUGGAGAUUGUCACAUUGGCUGAUGGAACUCAGGAGGAAAGAGAAGCUCCUUGUACAACUACGACUCCUGGUUUCGAGCCUACUCAAACAUCAACGGCUCCUCAGUUCGAAACGAACCCAACUACUUCGAGACGGCAGAUGUGUGUGGAGAUCGUCACAUUGGCUGAUGGAACUCAGGAAGAAAGAGAAGCUCCUUGUACAACAACAACUCCUGGAUUUGAGCCUACUCAAACAUCAACGGCUCCUCAGUUCGAAACGAACCCAACUACUUCGAGACGGCAGAUGUGUGUGGAGAUCGUCACAUUGGCUGAUGGAACUCAGGAAGAAAGAGAAGCUCCUUGUACAACUACGACUCCUGGUUUCGAGCCUACUCAAACAUCAACGGCUCCUCAGUUCGAAACGAACCCAACUACUUCGAGACGGCAGAUGUGUGUGGAGAUUGUCACAUUGGCUGAUGGAACUCAGGAGGAAAGAGAAGCUCCUUGUACAACUACGACUCCUGGUUUCGAGCCUACUCAAACAUCAACGGCUCCUCAGUUCGAAACGAACCCAACUACUUCGAGACGGCAGAUGUGUGUGGAGAUCGUCACAUUGGCUGAUGGAACUCAGGAAGAAAGAGAAGCUCCUUGUACAACUACGACUCCUGGUUUCGAGCCUACUCAAACAUCAACGGCUCCUCAGUUCGAAACGAUCCCAACCACUUCGAGACGGCAGAUGUGUGUGGAGAUCGUCACAUUGGCUGAUGGAACUCAGGAAGAAAGAGAAGCUCCUUGUACAACUACGACUCCUGGUUUCGAGCCUACUCAAACAUCAACGGCUCCUCAGUUCGAAACGAACCCAACUACUUCGAGACGGCAGAUGUGUGUGGAGAUCGUCACAUUGGCUGAUGGAACUCAGGAAGAAAGAGAAGCUCCUUGUACAACUACGACUCCUGGUUUCGAGCCUACUCAAACAUCAACGGCUCCUCAGUUCGAAACAGAUCCCAACUACUUCGAGACGGCAGAUGUGUGUGGAGAUCGUCACAUUGGCUGAUGGAACUCAGGAAGAAAGAGAAGCUCCUUGUACAACUACGACUCCUGGUUUCGAGCCUACUCAAACAUCAACGGCUCCUCAGUUCGAAACGAUCCCAACCACUUCGAGACGGCAGAUGUGUGUGGAGAUCGUCACAUUGGCUGAUGGAACUCAGGAAGAAAGAGAAGCUCCUUGUACAACUACGACUCCUGGUUUCGAGCCUACUCAAACAUCAACGGCUCCUCAGUUCGAAACGAUCCCAACCACUUCGAGACGGCAGAUGUGUGUGGAGAUCGUCACAUUGGCUGAUGGAACUCAGGAAGAAAGAGAAGCUCCUUGUACAACUACGACUCCUGGUUUCGAGCCUACUCAAACAUCAACGGCUCCUCAGUUCGAAACGAGACCCAACUACUUCGAGACGGCAGAUGUGUGUGGAGAUCGUCACAUUGGCUGAUGGAACUCAGGAAGAAAGAGAAGCUCCUUGUACAACUACGACUCCUGGUUUCGAGCCUACUCAAACAUCAACGGCUCCUCAGUUCGAAACGAUCCCAACCACUUCGAGACGGCAGAUGUGUGUGGAGAUCGUCACAUUGGCUGAUGGAACUCAGGAAGAAAGAGAAGCUCCUUGUACAACUACGACUCCUGGUUUCGAGCCUACUCAAACAUCAACGGCUCCUCAGUUCGAAACGAUCCCAACCACUUCGAGACGGCAGAUGUGUGUGGAGAUCGUCACAUUGGCUGAUGGAACUCAGGUAGAAAGAGAAGCUCCUUGUACAACUACGACUCCUGGUUUCGAGCCUACUCAAACAUCAACGGCUCCUCAGUUCGAAACGAUCCCAACCACUUCGAGACGGCAGAUGUGUGUGGAGAUCGUCACAUUGGCUGAUGGAACUCAGGAAGAAAGAGAAGCUCCUUGUACAACUACGACUCCUGGUUUCGAGCCUACUCAAACAUCAACGGCUCCUCGAUUCGAAACUAACCCAACUACUUCGAGACGGCAGAUGUGUGUGGAGAUCGUCACAUUGGCUGAUGGAACUCAGGAAGAAAGAGAAGCUCCUUGUACAACAACAACUCCUGGAUUUGAGCCAACUCGAACGACAACGGCUCCUCAGUUCGAAACGAACCCAACCACUUCGAGAAGACAAGGCUGUUUCGAAAUCGUGACUUUGGCAGAUGGAACGCAGGAGGAACGAGAAGCUCCUUGUACAACUACCGCUUCUGAAUCGGAAACUUCUCCAGCAGGUAUUAAGAAAAUCGAAUAUAUUAAUAAAACUAAGAUUUUCAGAGUCUUUCCCAACGACCACUUCGCCUUCAGCAAACAGUCAAAAACUGUGCACAGAGAAAUUCGUGGACAGUGACGGCUCCGUGAAGGAAAGGCCCGUGGAAUGUGAAGAUGAAACGAAAAGACCAACUAUUCGAGGUAUUUCCAUGUAGACGAAAAAAAAGGAAUGCAUUUUUACAUUUUAGAAAGGAAGGACUCAUACUUACUGAAACAAAAAAAAGUGAAAAAUUUGUGGGAAGCGCUGAUUAGGAAGCUACUCAGGCUCGGGUACGAGUAUCACGCUGAUACUAUGGUGGCUCAUAGACUUGGGUAAGACCUCUAAGAAACAAGAGAGAUUAUCUGCUAAACGACAUAGGCUUCCAAGAAAAAGCUCUUCGAAGAAAUAGAGGAAGAGUACUGUACGCGUUUGAACUUUCAACGAGGUGGCCUGGCGCAAUGCUUAGAAAUCUUUUCGCUUUUUUUAACAACCAAAAACUUUUAAAAAGUCAUAAAAGUGAUGAAAAAGCCUCUCUCUUGGUUCAAAAACGUCUCAAAAAAAAAAGAAAAAAAUUAAACAAGUGAACAAAAGACAUUGCAGUACUUGUGAUACUUGUGAUAGCGCCGUAGCGCAACAGGUUGUGUGCCUGUCUACGGUCCACAGGGUCACAAGUUCGAUCCCCGCCUCGGCCCAACUAAGGGGUUAAAGCGCGCCGAGAAACAAGAAACAAUACAGAUGAAACUUCCAAAUCUUGUCGUAUUCCGUGAUUUUACAAAAAAAAAACGUUGUCUUCGAGAAAAAUGCAAAAAGGAUCUGACCUUGACAAGAACCGAACGUAUUCAGAGAAGUCAACCAUGCGACUGGCCCUCUAACCACUGCGCUAGCCCACCUCGGUGAGAGAAGAAUGUUCCGACGUGAACAGGACUCUUCCUCGAUUUAUUCGAGGAGCUUUUUCUCAGAAUCCCUCCUGUUUCUGAGAGCUCCUACCUAAGUCGAUUAGCCAAAGUACUUUAAACUUGAUACGCGUACCCGAGGCCGAGUAGUUUCCUAGUGAGAGGUCUGGUAUCAAUUGAUAUGCUCAAUUAUAAUACUAGAAGGAAUCUCGAGCUUGGUUACACCUUUCCGAUAGGAUUCCGAUUGAAACUGACCAUAGAUGAUUUCUCCGGUAGCAAUUUUGCUCGAACUUUCGAGCCGGGUAAUCACUAUAUGCUCUCGAACAUGUGAUUUGAAAAACUUACAAAAAAAAACUCUAUUAAGAUCACAGCUUAUCCGUUUAGUUUACGAUACACCAUCCUUUAAAAUGCAACACUCAUUGCAAUGAACUCAAUUUAGGAGGUUUAACGACAACCUCCAGGAGGCAGACAUGUGUGGAAAUCGUCACACUGGCUGAUGGAACGCAGGAGAAGCGAGAAAUUCCUUGCACAACUACAGCUCCUGCGACUGGAUCAACUCCUCACUUCGCUUCGACUUCGACGACUCCGAGAAGACAGACCUGUGUAGAAAUCGUGACUCUGGCCGAUGGAACGCAGAAGGAGCGAGAAGUUCCUUGUUCAUCUCCAGCUCCUGAACCUUCAGUCAUUCCUGGCUUCGAAUCAACUUCGACGACUUCGAGAAGACAGACCUGUGUGGAAAUCGUGACCCUAGCUGACGGAACAGAAGAAGAACGAGAAGUUCCUUGCACAACUACAGCUCCUCAACCUUCAGUCAUUCCUGGCUUCGAAUCAACUUCGACGACUUCGAGUAGACAAAUGUGUUUGGAAAUCGUGACUUUGGCAGAUGGAACGCAGGAGGAGCGAGAAGUUCCUUGUACAACUACGACUCCUGGAUUUGAGCCAACUCGAACGACAACGGCUCCUCGAUUCGAAACUAACCCAACUACUUCGAGAAGACAUGGCUGUUUCAAAAUAAUGACCCUCGCUGAUGGAACUCAGGAAGAAAGAGAAGCUCCUUGUACAACUACGACUCCUGGUUUCGAGCCUACUCAAACAUCAACGGCUCCUCAUUUCGAAACCAACCCAACUACUUCGAGACGGCAGAUGUGUGUAGAGAUCGUGAGCCUGGCUGACGGAACAGAAGAAGAACGAGAAGUUCCUUGCACAACUACAGCUCCUGAGCCUUCAGUCAUUCCGGGCUUCGAUUCUACUUCAACGACAUCGAGAAGACAGAUGUGUGUUGAGAUCGUCACACUGGCUGAUGGAACUCAGGAAGAGCGAGAAGUUCCUUGUUCAACUCCAGCUCCUGAACCUUCAGUCAUUCCUGGCUUCGAAUCAACUUCGACGACUUCGAGAAGACAAAUGUGUUUGGAAAUCGUGACUUUGGCAGAUGGAACGCAGGAGGAGCGAGAAGUUCCUUGUACAACUACGACUCCUGGAUUUGAGCCAACUCGAACGACAACGGCUCCUCGAUUCGAAACUAACCCAACUACUUCGAGAAGACAUGGCUGUUUCAAAAUAAUGACCCUGGCUGAUGGAACUCAGGAAGAAAGAGAAGCUCCUUGUACAACUACGACUCCUGGUUUCGAGCCUACUCAAACAUCAACGGCUCCUCAUUUCGAAACCAACCCAACUACUUCGAGACGGCAGAUGUGUGUAGAGAUCGUGAGCCUGGCUGACGGAACAGAAGAAGAACGAGAAGUUCCUUGCACAACUACAGCUCCUGAGCCUUCAGUCAUUCCGGGCUUCGAUUCUACUUCAACGACAUCGAGAAGACACAUGUGUGUUGAGAUCGUCACACUGGCUGAUGGAACUCAGGAAGAGCGAGAAGUUCCUUGUUCAACUCCAGCUCCUGAACCUUCAGUCAUUCCUGGCUUCGAAUCAACUUCGACGACUUCGAGAAGACAAAUGUGUUUGGAAAUCGUGACUUUGGCAGAUGGAACUCAGGAGGAGCGAAAAAUUCCUUGUACAACUACAGCUCCUGAGACUGGAUCAACUCCUCACUUCGAUUCAACUUCGACGACAUCGAGAAGACAGACCUGUGUAGAAAUCGUGACUCUGGCCGAUGGAACAGAAGAAGAACGAGAAGUUCCUUGUUCAACUCCAGCUCCUGAACCUUCAGUCAUUCCUGGUUUCGAAUCAACUUCGACGACUUCGAGAAGACAGACCUGUGUGGAAUUAGUCACAUUGGCUGAUGGAACUCAGGAGGAGCGAGAAGUCCCUUGUACAUCUACAGCUCCUGAACCUUCAGUCAUUCCUGGCUUCAAUUCUACUUCGACGACUUCGAGAAGGCAGAUGUGUGUGGGAAUAGUCACAUUGGCUGAUGGAACUCAAGAAGAACGAGAAGUUCCUUGCACAACUACAGCUCCUGAGCCUUCAGUCAUUCCGGGCUUCGAUUCUACUUCAACGACAUCGAGAAGACAGAUGUGUGUUGAGAUCGUCACACUGGCUGAUGGAACUCAGGAGGAGCGAGAAGUUCCUUGCACAACUACAGCUCCUGAGCCUUCAGUCAUUCCAGGCUUCGAUUCUACUUCAACGACAUCGAGAAGACAAAUGUGUGUUGAGAUCGUCACACUGGCUGAUGGAACUCAGGAGGAGCGAGAAGUUCCUUGCACAACUACAGCUUCUGAACCUUCAGUCAUUCCUGGUUUUGAAUCAACUUCGACGACUUCGAGAAGACAGACCUGUGUGGAAUUAGUCACAUUGGCUGAUGGAACUCAGGAGGAGCGAGAAGUUCCUUGCACAACUACAGCUCCUGAGCCUUCAGUCAUUCCGGGCUUCGAUUCUACUUCAACGACUUCGAGAAGGCAGAUGUGUGUGGAAAUAGUCACAUUGGCUGAUGGAACUCAGGAGGAGCGAGAAGUUCCUUGCACAACUACAGCUCCUGAGCCUUCAGUCAUUCCGGGCUUCAAUUCUACUUCAACGACUUCGAGAAGGCAGAUGUGUGUGGAAAUAGUCACAUUGGCUGAUGGAACUCAGGAGGAGCGAGAAGUCCCUUGUUCAUCUCCAGCUCCUGAACCUUCAGUCAUUCCUGGCUUCGACUCAACUUCGACGACUUCGAGAAGACAGAUGUGUUUGGAAAUCGUGACUUUGGCAGAUGGAACUCAGGAGGAGCGAGAAGUCCCUUGUUCAUCUCCAGCUCCUGAACCUUCAGUCAUUCCGGGCUUCGAUUCUACUUCGACAACAUCGAGAAGACAGACGUGCGUUGAAAUCGUCACACUGGCUGAUGGAACUCAGGAAGAGCGAGAAGUCCCUUGUUCAACUCCAGCUCCUGAACCUUCAGUCAUUCCUGGCUUCGACUCAACUUCGACGACUUCGAGAAGGCAGAUGUGUGUAGAAAUCGUGACUCUGGCCGAUGGAACUCAAGAAGAGCGAGAAGUUCCUUGUUCAUCUCCAGCUCCUGAACCUUCAGUCAUUCCGGGCUUCGAUUCUACUUCGACAACAUCGAGAAGACAGACGUGCGUUGAAAUCGUGACUCUGGCCGAUGCAACUCAAGAAGAGCGAGAAGUUCCUUGUUCAUCUCCAGCUCCUGAACCUUCAGUCAUUCCGGGCUUCGAUUCUACUUCGACGACUUCGAGAAGGCAGAUGUGUGUGGAAAUAGUCACAUUGGCUGAUGGAACUCAGGAAGAGCGAGAAGUUGCUUGUUCAUCUCCAGCUCCUGAACCUUCAGUCAUUCCUGGCUUCGACUCAACUUCGACGACUUCGAGAAGGCAGAUGUGUGUGGAGAUCGUGAGCCUGGCUGAGGGAACAGAAGAAGAACGAGAAGUUCCCUGCACAACCACAUCUCCGGGAACUGGCCUUUCUCCUGACUUGGCCUCAACUUCGACGACUUCGAGAAGACAGACCUGUGUAGAAAUCGUGACCCUGGCCGAUGGAACUCAAGAAGAGCGAGAAGUCCCUUGUUUAUCUCCAGCUCCUGAACCUUCUCUCAUUCCUGGCUUCGAUUCAACUUCGACGACUUCGAGAAGACAGACCUGUGUAGAAAUCGUGACCCUGGCCGAUGGAACUCAAGAAGAGCGAGAAGUCCCUUGUUCAUCUCCAGCUCCUGAACCUUCAGUCGUUCCUGGCUUCGACUCAACUUCGACGACUUCGAGAAGGCAGAUGUGUGUAGAAAUCGUGACCCUGGCCGAUGGAACUCAAGAAGAGCGAGAAGUUCCUUGUUCAUCUCCAGCUCCUGAACCUUCAGUCAUUCCGGGCUUCGAUUCUACUUCGACAACAUCGAGAAGACAGACGUGCGUUGAAAUCGUGACUCUGGCCGAUGGAACUCAAGAAGAGCGAGAAGUUCCUUGUUCAUCUCCAGCUCCUGAACCUUCAGUCAUUCCGGGCUUCGAUUCUACUUCGACGACUUCGAGAAGGCAGAUGUGUGUGGAAAUAGUCACAUUGGCUGAUGGAACUCAGGAAGAGCGAGAAGUUGCUUGUUCAUCUCCAGCUCCUGAACCUUCUCUCAUUCCUGGCUUCGACUCAACUUCGACGUCUUCGAGAAGGCAGAUGUGUGUAGAAAUCGUGACUCUGGCCGAUGGAACUCAAGAAGAGCGAGAAGUUCCUUGUUCAUCUCCAGCUCCUGAACCUUCAGUCCUUCCGGGCUUCGAUUCUACUUCGACGACUUCGAGAAGGCAGAUGUGUGUGGAAAUAGUCACAUUGGCUGAUGGAACUCAGGAAGAGCGAGAAGUUGCUUGUUCAUCUCCAGCUCCUGAACCUUCAGUCAUUCCUGGCUUCGACUCAACUUCGACGACUUCGAGAAGGCAGAUGUGUGUGGAGAUCGUGAGCCUGGCUGAGGGAACAGAAGAAGAACGAGAAGUUCCCUGCACAACCACGUCUCCGGGAACUGGCCUUUCUCCUGACUUGGCCUCAACCUCGACGACUUCAAGAAGACAAACGUGCGUUGAAAUCGUGACUUUGGCAGAUGGAACUCAGGAAGAGCGAGAAGUUGCUUGUUCAUCUCCAGCUCCUGAACCUUCUCUCAUUCCUGGCUUCGACUCAACUUCGACGACUUCGAGAAGGCAGAUGUGUGUAGAAAUCGUGACUCUGGCCGAUGGAACUCAAGAAGAGCGAGAAGUUCCUUGUUCAUCUCCAGCUCCUGAACCUUCAGUCAUUCCGGACUUCGAUUCUACUUCGACAACAUCGAGAAGACAGACGUGCGUUGAAAUCGUGACUCUGGCCGAUGGAACUCAAGAAGAGCGAGAAGUUCCUUGUUCAUCUCCAGCUCCUGAACCUUCAGUCCUUCCGGACUUCGAUUCUACUUCGACAACAUCGAGAAGACAGACGUGCGUUGAAAUCGUGACUUUGGCAGAUGGAACUCAGGAAGAGCGAGAAGUUGCUUGUUCAUCUCCAGCUCCUGAACCUUCUCUCAUUCCUGGCUUCGACUCAACUUCGACGACUUCGAGAAGGCAGAUGUGUGUAGAAAUCGUGACUCUGGCCGAUGGAACUCAAGAAGAGCGAGAAGUUCCUUGUUCAUCUCCAGCUCCUGAACCUUCAGUCAUUCCGGACUUCGAUUCUACUUCGACAACAUCGAGAAGACAGACGUGCGUUGAAAUCGUGACUCUGGCCGAUGGAACUCAAGAAGAGCGAGAAGUUGCUUGUUCAUCUCCAGCUCCUGAACCUUCAGUCAUUCCUGGCUUCGACUCAACUUCGACGACUUCGAGAAGGCAGAUGUGUGUGGAGAUCGUGAGCCUGGCUGAGGGAACAGAAGAAGAACGAGAAGUUCCCUGCACAACCACGUCUCCGGGAACUGGCCUUUCUCCUGACUUGGCCUCAACCUCGACGACUUCAAGAAGACAAACGUGCGUUGAAAUCGUGACUUUGGCAGAUGGAACUCAGGAAGAGCGAGAAGUUGCUUGUUCAUCUCCAGCUCCUGAGACUGGAUCAACUCCUCACUUCGAUUCAACUUCGACGACUUCGAGAAGACAGACCUGUGUAGAAAUCGUGACCCUGGCCGAUGGAACUCAAGAAGAGCGAGAAGUCCCUUGUUCAUCUCCAGCUCCUGAACCUUCAGUCAUUCCUGGCUUCGACUCAACUUCGACCACUUCGAGAAGGCAGAUGUGUGUGGAAAUCGUGAGCCUGGCUGACGGAACAGAAGAAGAGCAAGAAGUCCCUUGUACAACUACAGCUCCUGAGACUGGAAGACCAUCAGGAGUUAGCUCUAGAAGACAGGCCUGCCUAGAAUUCGUCACGUUUUCUGACGGCACUCAGCAGAAACGUGAGGUUCCUUGUCCAACGACAACGCCGUCUCCUGCGGGUCUGAUCUUUAGAAAUCAUCCCAAUGGAAGAAAUUUUUCAGAGUCGUCAUUUACGACAUCCGCUUCGCCUGUAGCGAACGAUCAAAAGGAGUGCUCUGAGAAGUUUGUGGACAGCGACGGCUCCGUGAAAGAAAGACCGGUGAAAUGUGACGAAUUGGCAAAAAAGCCGAAGUGCGUCGAAAUCGUCAAGCUUUCUGACGGCACUGAAGAAGAACGGCAAGUUGAUUGCUCGCCUGCCACUCCAGGUAGAUUUUGAAUCUGAAACUUAUGAAAGAUUAUCAUUUUGCAGCGGUGAAAUGUCGUCCUCGUCCGAGAUGGGCCUAUCUGAAAAGUCACAUCGCGCGUCAAGAGGCCAAGUUGUUGGAGGACACCGGUCCGGGUCAUCACAAUCUGCCCUACUGCGAUGAAGUUCAAACAAGUUGGUUUUGCUCGAAAAAAAAAUCUUCUACUGUUCUUAUAAUUUGAAAGAACUCAAACAACUUUGAGGUACACAAGAUGUUAUGUAUCAAUAAUUAUGACGCACUCAAUCAGCCUGUGAAGUCUACGUUACGUUUUCUGUCAACAAAAUUCAUUAGUUUACUCAUCUCAAAAAUAUGUCUUUUUAUCUAGCAUAUAAGGACGAUUCUUACGCAAAAUCCAGCUAGCCGGUACCUUAAAAAAAACGUUACAGCACCCGUGCCCCUUCCACCGACAUCCCAAGAGCAAUGGAAUGAAGCAGAAACUGUCGAAGGGUUCUCAACGAUCGUACCAACCACGGCUGUCCGAAAAGACGGCAGUGCUGAAAUCAAGAUCGUCGAGCAGUUGACCACGCCAAAAGUUCCUGAACCAUCACCCUACUUCCAUGAAGCUUCUGAAGACGGCGACCAGGUCCGUCUGGACAGCUCCUCAUCAGAAGAUGAAGAAGAGCAGCCUGGCGAAGUCAUCGUCGUUCACACUUACAAAAAGAAACUGAAGCGGCGUUACACGUCUGCUGAACCGGAUGCUGAUGAAACGAGGGUCAGGAGCAAGUGCAAGGAUGACGAGAUUAUAACAAGGAACUUUACAAACUCCACCAAUGUUACAAGAGUGAUCAACAGACAAUUUUGGCGUCAGCUUGAAAAACCGCUCGAGCCCAGAAGAAACGCAAGUUUUGUCAUUGGCAGUAGCAAGCAGUUGAACGUCAACGUUGCUCCAACGAACAUCGAGAAAGAUAAGGAAACGGUAGCGAUUAAAGUGGGUCCCGGGAAGAAGUUAGCAGCUUCUGCUGAUGGCGCCACGAGCGAGUCGGAGAAUUAUUCCACUCAAGUCAACGUCACGACGAGCAAUGCGUCACGGCUUCGAAUCCAGGCUGGAAGAAGUAGAGAAGAAGGUGAGGCUCAAGACGUCGAAGUUGACGUCAAAACAGCCGCUCGGAAACUUCCAACCAAGGAAGAAGCUUCGAUUGAAAAAUCCCAAGAAAGCUUCAGCGGAAAGGUCAAAGUCCAGGCCAAUUCCUUGAAACUACCGGGCCGCAGUAACGAAGGUGGAUUCGAGACCGAAGACUUGGCCACCACUGUGACGGUCAAAACUGGGAAGAAAAUGCUGAUAAAGGGAUUCAGCCAGCUGCCUUCAACUUUCACAAGUCAAGCUCCCAAGUAUACGGAUGUAACUGUGAGCAACCCGGUGAAGGCCUGGCUCAACGAAGAUAGGAGCAAAUCUCAAGGCGAGGGCGUCGGAACAGAGGAAAUCAGCCUCAACGUCUCUGAGACCACCAAGAAGAUACUCCUGCCGAAGGAGACGUCACCUGCUCCAGAUGCCGACGUCAGCUUCACCAAGUCAAUCGAGAACGAAGACUCGUCCAAGCAGCAACUUCCGAAGCUGGAGAAGAUCCUGCAGGGUCCCGGCCAGCGGUUAUUUCCUGGGAGCGCCCGGGAAGACGAUGUCGACUUCCCAACAGCCGACGAUCUCCACGACUCCGCCUCCCUGUUCCACCAAGGCAACGCUCGUCAUGAAGACGUCCAACGGCGUGCCCAGGAGUCUCGUUCUGAAGCUUCUCAAUCUGUGUCGCGAUUCGAAGCGAGUUCGCGUUCGCGUCGAGAGAUCUACCACGGAGAAGCCGUACGCCGAAGUGACCUACCCGGAAGUCCUGAACGGCACGGCCUUCGUCAAACUCUUCCUGACCGCCUCCGUCUACGAUCAGUUGAAACUCAAGAGGAAGCCGGAAAUGCCGCCGCCGACCAACAAGGAGCUGCAGGACCACUGGCGCAGCGUUCUCAAGGUAAGACAUAUAAUUUUGCAUUAUCUAGUUCCAAAGUAUAGCUGAUUCACGGCUGGCUUGACCUAUCGAAAAAAGGGUGGUGACACGAUAACAAAGGAGAUAGUUUCUUGUUGGUGGAGAGCGCAGACACGCCACGCCCCUCAGAGUCCAAAGUUGGUCGUGAAUCGGCUAUAUCUUCAAAUAUACAACUUUAACUUACAAAAACGAUUACUUUAUAGGCAAACAAUCAACACAAAAACAAAAACUCGCCUAACCCAAUUGCGCAGAAAUGAACUGUGAAGGUGACCUGCACAUCUUAAUAAUGCGCGGCAAUUCAAAAUGGUGUAGAUUUACGGGGACACUAACAAUGAAAAAAAAAACAAAGAAAAUAAGAAAACUCAGGGUUUCUAUCUUUGUUCAUCCAAGCUGAAUAUUUUAGGUUAUCCGGGUGAAAAAGCCCUGAUUGAUCGAAAUAUCCAACCCUCAAGCGACACCAAACAUCUUAACAACCGUAAGUUUAAAAUUUGCUCCUUACAAAAAAAUAACUUUUUCAGCGCAGCAGGUCGCAAGAGCUAAGCGCUACGCCAUCAACCAAAUCUGGUAA